AUUUGAAUUAGUUGUAGAACAUUUGAACCAAUCAAUGAUGUUUUAUUGUUAAAGCCAUGGGUUAAAGCGCCAUCUGCUGUUGACGUUUGUGUGGUACAGUGUCGAUAGUUGCGGAAGGUUAAGGUAUUUAUAAAUAAAAUGCAUUGAGAUUAAGAAGAAGUGGGUUUGAUAAGAAAGGUGUAGACAAUGGCAACAAUGAAGUCGGAUUUGGAGCUGUUCUCGGUGGACGAUAACUCUACCUUCUUGGAGAGCAGCUUGAUUGAAGACAGUGGUAACUUCGAUGAGUGGCUGGACAAGAAUGGGGUACAGUACAUAAUUAAGAAUGAAUGCCUUAAUCCGAACAUGAUCAGCAAUGAGCUGGACCCACUUAUGAACCAGAUCAAUACAAAUGAUACACUGGAUGGCUUCAGUGAUUCGGAAUCCAAUUUGAUGAAGGGGUUUGAAGCGAGUACCAGGCAACUGCAUUUCAAGACAUUGACAUGUAAGAGCAAGUAUUUGGAAAGCACAUUACCAGGGGGUAUGAAUGUUGAAUUCCAGCUAGAUGAUAGCAAAAUUCUUAUUUUGAUAACCAAUAACACAAAUGAUGUUAUACCAUUCCCUGAAAUGUACAUUUCAUUGUCAGACCUUGGAGGACAGAUCACUAUACCAAAACAGAAAGUUCCAGUCAUUUCCUUAGAAAGGGUAGUUUUAGCAGAAAAUUUAGAUGCUUACAUGCCAUGCCUGAAUUUAGAAACCAAUCUGAGAUUGUACAUUUGUCCAAAACCUGACUGUCCUUUAGUUUACACUAGAUUUGGAGCAGCUAAAUUACAUACUUUCAUGCAAAUUGGCCAUAAGCCCUUCAAGUGUGAUUACCCUAAUUGCACAUGGGCAUUCUACAAUUCGUUUAAACUCCGUAGGCACCAGGAGAGUCACACCAAUAGCAAAGAUUUUGUUUGCAUUGUGGACAAUUGUGGCCGGAAAUUCACAAACAUAUACAAUUUAAAUAUACACAUAAAGAAUCACCAUGAGAAGCCAGCAAAUCUUCCAUGCCAUGUUGCUGGUUGUAACCAGAAAUUCCAAACAGCGCGUUUGAGGGAUAAGCAUUUUAAGACGCAUGACAGCAAGGAAGCGCCUUUCCAAUGUCCCCAUAAGAACUGUAACAGGUCCUUCUUCCUGAUGACUGGACUCACAUCACAUGCUAGAAUACAUACACACAGGGAAUCUGAAUUGAAAUGUGAUUACCCUAAUUGUGGUAAAGUAUUUGAGCAGCCUUGCAGGCUAAAAGAACAUUCCAGACAACACACUGGAUUCAGACCAUACAUAUGUACUUAUGAUCAAUGUACCUGGUCUUUCACUACGGCUAGUAAACUUAAACGACACCAAAGCACCCACACUAAAGAACGGAAAUUCCAUUGCACUAUAGGCACGUGCAACAAGUCGUUCCUUAGAUCUGAACAUUUGAAGGAACAUACUCUGACGCAUAUUGGACCUCGAUCUUUCAACUGCGAAGUUUGCUCUGCAAGUUUCUUUGGCAAAUCAUCACUCUAUCUUCAUGUGAAGAAACAUCACCCAGAGCAGAAUCAAGCUUCCGCUAAAGCGAAAUCCGUUGAGCAAGAACCUGAGACACCUACACCGGAGAUGCUUCUUGAGCAAGCUAUCCAAAGCUUAGGAGUUCCAUCUGAUAUGAUGUUGGGAACAGGACUUCUCCCAGAGGAACCACUCGUACUUCUGGAGAACGAUAACUUCUCCACGGUGAAUCUACGGGAUCUGGAAUAGCAUAAACUGAAUUCCGGUCCUUUCCCUUCUUAAUGCCAUUUUUUAAUUGUGAUUUCUUAUUCUAAAGAUUCUAUAUAUACACAUAUAUGAUAUAUUUCUAUUAAAUAUAAGUUUUGGCAGCGUUCUCAUCGCAGUGUUUCCCAAAAGCGAUUUGUACGCUGAGCAUAAUUUGUGAAACAACUCCCCUUUACCCAAGUGAGAUAAAUGUACUUUAAGCGGUCACCGAAUCUUAAUGUUUAACUAUAUGUUUUUGUUGGUUUGUCUGUUUCGUUCUGUUUUCUUAGUCGUUAGCUAAUGCAUUCCAAUGUUGCCAUUAAUAAUAAUGUUAAUUAGUGUAAAUAUAUAUAUUCAAACGAAAAAUAUAUAUUACGUG